UUCGAAUUUGAGCCGUUUUCAAAAAAAAAAAAAAAAAAAAAAAAGAAUUUGAGCCCGUGACGCCAUCUCCGGUCUGGCAGUCUUCUUCUCAGUCAGCAGCUUCGCCGUCGUCCAUUACUCCUCUCCUCAGGUUUUCAGUGAAAAGUGAAUAAAAAUUGGGCAUUUUCGAAUGGGGGAGGGUGAUGCUAAAGGGGCUGACAAGAGAACAGUUUUUGUGACCGUUGGAACUACUUGUUUUGAUGCUCUAGUUAAUGCUGUCGACACUGCUGAAGUUAGGAAAGAGUUGUUCAAGAAAGGCUAUACUGAUAUUAUUGUUCAAAUGGGUCGUGGAACCUAUGUUCCCACAAAGUCUGCUUUAGAAAAUGGAUCCCCGGCACUGGACUAUUUCACUUUCUCAUCGACCAUAGCCGAAUAUCUGAAAUCUGCUUCUCUUGUUAUUAGCCAUGCAGGUUCAGGAAGCAUAUUUGAGACAUUGCGAUUGGGCAAACCACUGAUCGUGGUAGUCAAUGAAGAUUUAAUGGACAAUCAUCAAAGCGAGCUAGCAGAAGAACUUGCGGAUAGAAAGCAUUUGUUUUGUGCACGUCCCCAGACACUCUAUCAAACCAUCGCGGGCAUGGACUUGGAGUCUGUCGUUCCAUAUCAACCCGGUGACGCUAAGCCCGUAGCUAAACUCAUUAAUAGGCAUCUUGGUUUCCCGGAGGAAUGAUUUGAUGAUGGUUCAAAGAUUAUCUGAGAGUCAAAAGACAUCUUUAAACUUCUAAUGUUGAGCAGAGUGUACUAAACUGGGAAGUUUUUACAAUGUCAUUCUUCCCAAAAAGGAAACAACUAUGUUUAGGCAUAGUUAUAACUUGCACUUUGCCAAUAAAAUAGAGUAGGAUGGUACAAUAGUUCCAAAUAGGGUUGCAGUAAAACACAUAGAAAAUUCUUGCUAAAUUAUAUGCAAGUCUUGUUCUUGUUGUAGUAAAAAUUGUGUUUGUAUUCUCGAUAACUAAUAAUUACGGUAUUAAAUUGAUAGUUUUGAAA